AUGGCCACUGCCAACGUUCUCCCUGCCAUUGCUGGGCUCCAGCGCCCUCCAACCAGCCGAGACCUAGAACUCUCACGGGCUGUGUAUAAUAGCCUUCCUCAUCUUGAAGAGCAGCCGGAAAUCUCCAACGCCGCGCUCAAAGCCCUAUGCGAACUUUUCGUCCAUAACGGCGUCCAGGACGUCUUUGGCACCAGACCCGACUUCUUUCAGGAGUUCGCCAGCUUCUUGCACCACAACAACCUAGCCGACUUGGUUGCUCUACAAUUGCUAGAUAGCCCCCAGAAUAGCACUAGGAUGGAGCUCUUGAUCGGUCCACAGGCCACUCUGAUGGUAGACGAGAAGGACCUCAUCGGGUUUGAACCGCCCCGUAUCACCACUGGUUGGUCUUUGUCUUUUCAGGUGGGAGACGAUGGGAUCAUUUCUUGCAAGGGUAACGAUGUCUAUGCGGAGAAGAAGAACACUCAUCAGGUUUUCACGGAUUCGAAGCCGCUUCCCACGGUUGAGUCUACCCCGCCACGCGCUAUCAUUGUUGCUCAUCAUUAA